AUUCAUUUUCUUCCUAAACUUGUCUUGUCUUUCCCCCCUAUAAUGGGCCUUCUGCAAGACACCGCCGGCCCGUUGGUAGAUGCCUUCUACCGGCUGGGCACGGGGGCGCAGGUCGGUGUUGCCGUCGUCGGCAUCACUUUCCUCUCGGUCAUUUUCCACGUCACGCAGCAGAUCUUCUUCAAGAACCCUAAUGAGCCGCCCGUCGUCUUCAGCUGGUUCCCCAUCAUCGGCUCGACGGUCACUUACGGAAAGGACCCCCCACAGUUCUUCCGGGACAUGGCGAAGAAGUAUGGCAACAUCUUUACCUUCAUUCUCCUCGGAAAGAAGACGACCGUCUAUAUCGGUACCGAAGGCAACGAGUUCAUCCUCAAUGGCAAGCUAAGCGAUGUCAACGCAGAGGACAUCUAUGGACCCAUGACGACUCCCGUGUUCGGCACGGACGUCGUCUACGACUGCCCCAAUGCCAAACUUAUGGAGCAGAAGAAAUUCAUGAAGAUCGCCCUCACCACCGAGGCCUUCCGUUCCUACGUUCCUAUCAUUGCCGACGAGGUUUCGAGCUACCUGAAGCGCACCCCUGCUUUCAAGGGCCCGUCGGGCGUUGUCAGCAUCCCGCCCAAGAUGGCCGAGAUUACCAUCUUCACCGCCUCGCACGCCCUCCAGGGUAAAGAGAUUCGCGACCAGUUCGACGAGACCCUGGCCCACCUGUAUCACGACCUCGACAUGGGCUUCCACCCGAUCAACUUCAAGCUACACUGGUUGCCCCUCCCCCGCAACAUCCGCCGUGACAAGGCGCAAAAGACCAUCGCCAAAAUCUACAUGGACACCAUCAAGCGUCGUCGCGCGAGGGGCAAGGAAGCCGAUGCCCAGGAUAUCAUGUACCACCUCAUGAACUCGAAGUACAAAGAUGGCACCCCGGUUCCCGACCACGAGAUCGCCCACAUGAUGAUUGCCCUCCUGAUGGCCGGUCAGCACUCCUCGUCGUCCACCAGCUCCUGGAUCAUGCUCCGCCUUGCCAGCCGCCCGCACAUCAUGGAGGAACUCUACCAGGAGCAGGUUCGUGCGCUAGGCCCCGACCUGCCCCCUCUCCGCUACGAGGACCUCGCCAAGCUGCCUCUUCACCUCGCCGUCAUCAAGGAGACUCUCCGCCUCCACGCCCCGAUCAACUCCAUUCUCCGCGCCGUGAAGCAGGACCUCCCCGUUCCGGGCACCAACUACGUUAUCGCCAAGGGUACCAGCGUCCUCGCCGCCCCUGGUUACUCGGCCGGUGACCCUAACCACUUCCCCGAGCCGGAGCUGUGGGAGCCGCACCGCUGGGAGGCUGACUCGCAUCUGGCCCCGCGCAUCGCAACCAGCAACGACAAGGUCGACGAGGAGAAGAUCGACUACGGAUACGGUCUCGUCAGCAAGGGCACCACUUCACCUUACCUGCCCUUUGGCGCCGGCCGCCACCGUUGCAUUGGCGAACAGUUCGCCAACGUCCAGCUCCAGACCAUUGUCGCCAUGAUUGUGCGCGAGUUCAAGUUCCGCAACGUCGACGGAAGCGACAAGGUCGUCGGCACCAACUACAACUCGCUCUUCUCAAGGCCCCAGGAGCCCGCUGACAUUUACUGGGAGAGGCGCUAA